ACCACCUCGACAUAGCAGCUCACAGUGCCAACAUGUCAUCAGCGCAGGAAGUUCAGAGUGUGCUACGAUUCCUAUCCCAAGACGCAAAAGUACCGCUUGCUCAAGCGUUAGGGAAAGUCAAAGAGCUUCAAGCAGCGAAAUUAGUUACGCCUGAGCAACUCGCCAAAGCCGACUUCCCAAGUCUAAAAACCAUCUUCGGGGAUGAGAAGGUAGCGCGACAAGUCCUCAAUGCUGCCAAACGAGUGUCGAAGAAGCGGUCGUUGAGCGAAGCCUCUGGCCUAGACUCAGUACCAGUGACAUCACCUAAGAAGAUAAAGCCAUUGUACGGGCAGCCUCUCAGUCCGUCUGAAGUCGAGGCCUCGCUCGCACUUCCUACAGCUAUACAUAAUGAAGAGAUGCUCAAGUCGAAGACCGUCUUCACUAAUCGAGCACCGUUAGUGCUGGCCUUCACAGUAGCACUGCUCAAAUUCACCAUGCCAGAACAACCAAUGUCUAGUAGGCUGAGCCUCGCGCAAGCAGUUGUCAGUCUGAACAGCAAGACCAAGGCAGUUCAUAUUGGCAUCGAUAGUGGGAACACAGCGGAGAAUGAAGGCUGGGGCGAAGGACAACCGAUCAUCCGAAUAAUGGGCCGAGAGGUUCGAGUGAUGAAACGCUGGGGCUAUGAAUGGGAAGAGAUCCCAGUACAAAAGGCCGUUAAAAGUGAGCAAUCUACAGCAGUCACAGUGAAAGAGGAAAAAUCGACACAAGAAACUCUCGUAAGCGACGAGAAGCCGGUUGAAGCAAAGGAACCCGCAUUGUGGGGUAUUGAUCUGGAAGCGCUCAAAAAAGCGAACACUGGUCCAAAUACUCAGAAAGGAUCGAACCAAUUACCUGUACACACCGCUCAAGGCGCAAGGGCGUAUUUACUGAAGUCCUUCGAAACACCCAAAGCAGCUCCGACGGACACGAAGGCUGCGCCUGUGAAGCGAAGCGCUGCUUCCCAAACAGCAGAGAAAGAACGAAAUCUCGGGAUGUUGCUAGGUGCUCUCGAGCUUCUAUAUCAGUCUUGGGCGCAGGUUCUAAGUAAGGAAGAUCUCGACAAACGAGCUUGGGGCUGGUAUGUGCGCGUGCGUCCAGAAGUUGCUUCUGGGCAGGCUGGUUGGGGUGGGAAAGGUACCGUCAAGCUGGCAGAUGUUCUUGAGCUGAGGCGGCCUGCAGGGUGAUAGAUGUGGUGACCACUCGAAGAUUGUGGAGUAGUCAAUUGAACUAUG